UGUGUUGGGGACUAUAAAUUCCAUUUCAUUCUGAUUUCGAAUCCCUCGUGAUCCUUCUCCUCAUCUUGUGUCUGCUGGGUCGGGUUAGGGAGAUUCGAAUCGGAGCUCCGAAAAUAAGACCCGCACUGGUCUUUUAUUUUUUGUUUGGAAUUGGAUCGCCCAGCCCCCCCUUCUCUCUCUCUCUCCAACUGGAAAGUUCGUUGUUCUGUGACAAAUUCUGUGCCAUUCUUCUUUCUUUCGUUCUUGCUUAUGUUUGUUUGUGUUUGAAUGAUUAUUGUCUUCUCUUUGGUUCCUGUACAGAGAUGAGAAAUCCAGCAUCAUUUCCAUGCCUUACAUUUAUGCUUUCAAAAAUAUAGUUUGAUUGAUGAUAUCAAUUGUUAAAUCUUAGCAAUUGAGUUUCUUGCUUGGCUAGCUAUUACAUAGUUGUAAGGAUCCGGCAAAAGAAUUGGACUUUUUUAAGUUUUCCCGUCCGAAUAUGUAUCUGUUGAUCUUUCUGGAUGGUCAAUUAUUGAACGUUAUAGCUUGCGAUUACUCUGUCGGUUGAUCUUGCAUUUUGGUAGAAGUUCACUGUUUAGUGUUUUAUAACACGCCAUGUUAUAGUGUUUAUUUUACCUACCAAUCUCAAUCUCUGACAUAGUUAGAUUUUUAUUUUUAUUUUUAUAACUUUGAGUAUCCCGGUUCAACCUUCUCUUCCGGUUAUCUUGUGGUACUGAAGCCUAGCCCCUCAUUGAAACAGCGAGUGCAUGGCCUCCAAAGAUUGUUUAAGAAUUUGCUUGAGCCAUGAUUUGAAUCCGAAAGAUUCAAAUAAAUCUUUGGGAGCUCAAUUCUCAAAUGAGUGUAGUUAACAUGCGGUAGUAUUUUUUUUUUAUUGCUCAACUGGUUUUCGGGGCUUUGUCCUGACUAUGUCCAGUCCGACCCGCUAGGUUACCUAGCAUUGGCAGCUGAGUCUCUCAGCGAGGAUUUUCUGCAUACACAAGGUCUCGAGUCCUUGCUCAAGCGAACUCAACUACCUUACCACUUGAGCCAACGCCGUUGGUAGGCGGUAGUAUUUAACUCUUGAACAAGGAGACUUAAAAUGAUUAACUAUUGGUAUAUAUUGGCAAAGUAAAAUACGUUAGCCGGUGAUGGUUCCUUUUGAGUCAAAUUUCAAUGCCCAGGAAUCACCAAAUUCGGUCGUCUCUUUCACUGAAUAGAAAAUUUGCCCUUUUCAUCCGUAUUUUAUUUUAUAUUCUCUUUUAAAUACUAUUUUUUUUUCCUAUUCAGUAGUCCCUUUAUGCGUUUGAAAAUAUGGAUCCCAAAAAGUAGGAGAUUGAGAAACAUCAAACCUUGAAAAUGAAUAAAAAUAAGUGGACAUUUCAUUCCCAUUUAUACCGGAUGGGUAAGGUGCGAUUUGUUAGAGCGAAAAUUUCAGAAUGUUCUAGGUGGAUAUGUAAUUUUGUUGGUUCCGGUCGCGUGUGCAAAUGUGCAUAUAAAAUGCAAUCUUGUUAUAAAAAAAAAAAAAAAAUGCAAUCUGCAUGCAAAGUGUGCAGAAAGUAAACAUUACAAGGACACUCUGUAUUCAUGAAGGGAAGAGUGAACCAAAAUGUACAUCUUUUAUUACCCUUACCCGCACCUUUCGUCUACAAUAUCUUUUAACUACAAAGUAUAUACAAUUUGAAACCAUUUCCUUUUGCAAAGUUCAUGAAGAUUAUGCAUUUAUUUCUUUUCCUUUAUGAACAGUGAAAUCGUUGGCUUGAUAUUACAUAUAUAUUGUUUCUGUCCAUAAUUAUCAAUACCAAAUCUUCUUUCAGUCUAAUUUGACCCAAAGGGAUACUCAAGUUGCAGAGAGGAUGCAAUUUAUUAAAGAUUAAAUGUUUCUUAGUAGUUUGGAAGUUAUUAACAAGGUCUUUAUACUUCUAAAACUUUUAAGUAGGUACUUGUAGUUUGACGAAGUUUUCUAUUAAAUCCUUACUAAAUAUAAAAUCUAAUAAUCAAGUCCCCUAUAACAACAACAUGGAAUGACCUGCAGAUGAUUUUGAGUAAAGGGUCCCUGUCAAAAACUUUUAAACCGUUAGGGUUUAUUUGAAAAUCUAGUGAAACUAUAGAGACCAACCAGCUAAUUAACCUCUUUUUAAGUAUUUGCUUUUGGUAAGUUUCAGUUCUUGGAGGAGUCAAUGCAGAACUGCCGAGGUAGGCUUGUCCUUCAUGGACAAUGAAAUCAAGACAUAUAUACAAUAUUUUCGUUAUUUGGAAUGCAUUUGAUUGAGUGGUUUAUUGCUUUUAACAUAGGUUGGAGCAUCUUGUUGGCUCCAGAAUAGUUGGAUUUGGUUCCAGGAGUUCAAGGAUUCAAGUGAUCAUUCAAUGCUACUGGUUUCCAUUUACUGCUGGAGGCUGUCAAGUACCCCAGUGCUACAUUGUAGUUUUAUGUGGAAUUAUUGUAUAUGCACUUGUUUUGGUGUGUUCCCUCUUCGAGUAUUACUGAUUGCAGCUGGCCAACGUUAAUUCGAUUUUGUUGUUGCUGCUUUCAACUGAUCUGCGGCAGUGUAGAAGAAAACAACAGUGCAUUCGGUGUUUUCCUGGCUUGUUAGGGUGACAAACUAUGCCUUUAGAAGUUCUAGGAUUAUUUCUAAAUAUGUUCAUACAUGCAGGUCCCUAGGCUUAUUGCCUGCUUCUAGUUAGCCUAUAAUCUUAUCUGAAGAUAGCUAGCAUCAUGGGAGAGGUGGUAGUAAUGCACUCUGAGCCUCUGCAGUUUGAGUGCAAUGACAUGAAGCAUAUGACUGAGAAAGAUGUGUAUAACCUACCAUCAAAUGAAGAGCACAUGCUUGGAGAAGAGUCAAGGCAAUCAACAGAUCACAAAAAUAUCAAUGACUUGCAAGAGAGAGGAUAUAUGGAAUAUGGAUGUCAACAUUACCGGAGAAGAUGCCGCAUUAGGGCCCCCUGUUGCAAUGAGAUUUUUGAUUGCCGCCAUUGUCACAAUGAGGCAAAAAAUAAUAUCAACAUUGAUCAGAAGCUUAGACACGACAUUCCCCGCCAUCAAGUCAAACAGGUGAUAUGUUCACUUUGUGGGACCGAACAAGAGGUUCAGCAAAACUGUGUCAACUGUGGUGUUUGUAUGGGCAAGUAUUUCUGUGAGAUAUGUAAGCUCUUUGAUGAUGAUAUAUCUAAGCAGCAGUACCAUUGCAGUGGCUGUGGAAUCUGCAGAACUGGAGGAUGCGAAAAUUUCUUCCACUGCUACAAGUGUGGUUGUUGCUACUCAACUCUGCUGAAAAACAGUCACCCUUGUGUGGAAGGAGCAAUGCAUCAUGAUUGCCCCGUUUGUUUUGAGUAUUUGUUUGAAUCCAUGAAUGAUGUCAUUGUUUUGCCCUGUGGACAUACAAUCCAUGAGAGCUGCCUGAAGGAAAUGAGGGAACAUUUCCAGUAUGCAUGCCCUCUGUGCUCGAAGUCAGUUUGUGAUAUGUCAAAAAUUUGGGAGAAAUUUGACUUGGAGAUUGCUGCUACACCCAUGCCAGAACCUUAUCAGAAUAAAAUGGUUUGGAUCCUUUGCAAUGAUUGUGGCAAAACUUCUCACGUUCAGUUCCAUCUUGUUGCUCAAAAGUGCUUGAACUGCAAAUCCUACAACACACGACAAACAAGAGGCUGAGCAAGUGGAAAUGGCAAUUGGUUAUUUAUUGGUUUCAUUAAGCCUGCAUUUGAUUUCACUUCAUUCCAACCCAAGUGUAUCCUUCAUUGAGUAUGAGGAAAAUGCAUGUGUGGGAAUUUUGACUGCAGGCUGAACCACAUUCAAGGAAGAGAACAUUAUUGAUUUUGUUGUCGGGUAGCAGCGCUGGGUCUGCGGACGUAACUUGUCGUGUUGGUUGUUGAAGGUUGGGGUGAUUAUGCAAUUACCCUUGUAAUGUUUGGGAUAAUGUAAACUUUUAAAUUAAGCUUUGUUGCAUGAUAUGUUUGUAGAACCGUAAUAGGACACUAAUGAACAUCUUCUCGUGGCAUCUGAAGUUGGGCUAACAAACCUUAAUACCGUCUGGAUCACAAUUCACUUUAUAAACCCAAUUUUAAGAAAGGAAAAAGUGUGUAUCAUCUUAAAGGAUGUAAAGUUAUCUCAUUUUAAGAGAGAGAUAAAAUAGGAGAGAGUUGACA